GCCGAAUUUCAAAUUUAGGAUUUCAGGACCAAAUCGACCAUCAUUAUCAUUUUGAAAGUUGCUAGAAAAACUUCAUGCAGCAUUCUUCGAGAAACGAUGCCAAAUGCAUUGCCCCCGCGUUCCUCGUCGGAGCUAAGCGAAAGUAGAAGUCGUCACCGAGAACAAGAAGCGGCAUGGAUGGUGGAGCAGUCCGAUUUGCGUAGCCUGCUUGACCGCACGCACGAUGUCGACUUGUCGACGAUCAACUACAUUGCCGGCGUGGACAUUUCGUUCUUUCCCGGCACGGACGAUGCCUGUGCGACCUUGGUGAUCCUCUCAUUUCCCGAGCUGAAGGUCACGUGUGAAGCAUCGUGCCACACGACGUUGACGUUGCCUUACAUUCCAACCUUCCUUGCCUUCCGUGAGAUUCCGGCGCUUUUGCCCCUGUUCGACAUGAUUCCGCGUGAAUUCCACCCCCAAGUGGUGUUGGUUGACGGCAACGGCGAGCUCCACCCACGAGGCUUUGGCAUUGCAUCGCAUUUGGGGGUCGUGACCCAGUUGCCCACAAUUGGCGUCGCCAAAACGUUUCUCAACGUGGAUGGCUUGACCAAACGAAGCGUGCGUGCAUUAGUGGAGGAGAAAAAGGCAGCGGUGCGCGCUACAGACAUCGGUGAUACCAAGUCAUCGUCAGUUGUGGCGUUGCGACUGCAAGGCGAGUCGUCCAAGGUAAAACCACCUCAUGCAUGAACGAAGGGUGUCCUUGCGUGACCAUCAUUGUGUUUCAUGUUCCGCGUAGGUAUGGGGCAUGGCGAUGUGCACCGAGGGUAUUGAGAAUCCCAUCUACGUGUCCAUUGGCAACAAGAUCUCGUUGCCCAAAGCAGUCGAAGUGGUGCAGCAUUGUUCGCUAUACCGCGUGCCAGAACCAAUUCGCCAGGCGGAUCUGCGGUCUCGCGAGAUCAUUCGAACGUGGGAGAAGCAUGGCAUCGACAAGGAGUUCAAGAGUUGCCGUGUCCAUCGCGACGUCGUCAAGUCGUAGCCGCCGCCGUCCCUUCCAUGAACGAGUUGCACGCAAUCAGUUUUUGCGGGUUUCGAGAAACUUCUGCAUAGUAAUUUGUGUAAUCGUGGUAAAAUUAAAAUAUCAUUUGGAUCUUUG